AUGACUCCGUUGGGCCUGCUCUCUCUCCUCCUCGCCCUGUUCUCCAUGGCGACUGCCCGCUCGGUGCGCCAAGUGCCAGGUGCAUAUCCCCAUCCGGCCGUGCUGCCCACCGGAUACUAUGGACAACCCCCGUACGCCUACCCCGCCUACGGCUAUGGCUACCAGGCGCCACCGCCGCCACCACCCGUUUACAGCCCCUACUACGACAACGUUUUCGGAGUCUACAAGAGCUACCCCGGCGGUGGAUAUCCCGUGCGGUUCGAUUAUAACAAUCGUUGCUCUCGGAACUACAUUGGCAUCAAGCCGCAUCCGGAUCAGCACCAGUACUACUAUGUUUGCAAGCCCAACUGUGUUAUCUUCAGCAAAUGCCGCGAUCUUGAGAGCUUCAAUUCGAGCAGCGGGCGGUGCGUGCAGCACAUUCCGCAGCACCGAGCAGUGGACCACAGGCCGCCGCAGUGCCAGAAGGAGGGUCGCUUUCCCCAUCCCCACGACUGCAAGGUGUACUACAGGUGCGACAAGAAUCGCACGCAGCCGUGGCUCUUCGCCUGCCCGGCGGGCACCAUUUUCUCGCCGGUGGAGCGCAAGUGCCUGCCCGGCGACCAGUGCCCCUCGACGGAGAUCUCGGACAGCGGCAGCUACAUCCCGCAGAACUGCGAGCUAAAGUUCCCCGAGUGCUCCGAGGAGGGCACCUUCCGCUCGCCGACGGACUGCGCCCUCUACUACACCUGCCGAUUGCAGGCGAGCGGCACCUACCUGCAGACGCGCUUCAAGUGCCCCGGCAGCAACAGUUUCGAUCUCGAGCGGAAGCUGUGUCGUCCUCGCAACGAGGUCGACUGCUUUGACUAUGUCCCAGAGCCCCAAGUGCCAGUGCCCUAUGCUCCGCAGCCCUACUAUCCGCCCUACCAGGCGCCACCGCCGCUCUACGAGGAGGAUGACUACGAUACGGGAGCGAAGGAGCAGGAGCACCAGUCUGCCAUCAAGUCCGAAAGGUUAACAGGUGGCUUUGAAAGACCCUCGCUGAAUGUGGUAAUACUGCCCACCACCAAGUCGGCGCCAACGACCACAAGCACUUCGGAGCGCACCACCGCCUACCACAAAUACGACUCGUAUCCCUCAUAUGAGCACCACUCUUCACACCACAGCGCCAAAGAAGUCCCUGCGGAGAGCUUGACCGUUGAGAAAGAGGACGUUUCGCGCAGAUUUAAGCUGUCAGAGAACGUUGUCAUCCUGCCCACAACACCUGCGCCUACAACUGCAAAGGAAACCACCAAAUAUCAGUACAAACGGUACACCUAUGCAAGUGCCAAGGAAGAUGAAAAGACUGAGGCUCCGGAAAACAAGAGAGCUUUCAAUGGCUUGCAUCUAUCGGAAAAUAUUGUGAUUCUGCCCACAACGACCAGCACAACUUCGACCACCACGACAACGGUCAAACCAACUGUUCCGACAUGCCCCACUUUGCCAACGGCAAGCUCAACUGCCAAACCAAGCACAACUACUACUACGACUCCGAAAACAACUCAGAAGACCUCAACAACUACCGAAAGAACUACUACAACGACUCCGAAAACGACUGUUGUGACAUCAACGACUCAGAAACGAAGCACGACAACUCAUAAGACCUCUCCAGUUACUACAACCACAAAGAAAGCAACAACAAUUACUCCUAAAACUACAAUAAGUACCGAAAAACCUACUAAGACGACUCCGAAAACAACUUCAGUGAAGACAACUACUCAAAAACCGACCACCACCACUCCAAAAUCUACAACAGUGUCAACCACUACUGAAAAACCAGUAACGACUACUCAGAAAACGUCGACCGUUACAACUACCACUAAGAAAACAACCGAAAGUACUCCUAAGCCUACAACAAGUUCCGAAAAACCAAGCACAACCACUCAGAAAAUUUCUACAGUUAGUACGACUACUCAAAAACCAACAGUUACUACUCCAAAAACUACAACUAAAGUUACAACCACUAGCCAAAAACCAACAUCGACUUCUCAGAAAACCUCAAAGGCUACAACAACUACCAAGAAGACAACAGAAAGUUCUCCUAAACCUACCUCAACAACUCCAAAAGUAACUACUCAAAAGCCGAGUACGACUACUGUGACAACUACCACCGAAAAAAUCACAACGAGUACUCCUAAACCAACAACAAGUACCGAAAAACCAACCACGACUACACAGAAAACUACGUCCACUCAAAAACCGACCACAACUACUCCGAAACCCAGAACUACUACUCCUAAACCAACCACUACCACUCCUAAACCAACCACAUCUACUCCAAAACCCACUACUACUCCUAAGCCUACAACAACGACCCAGAAGACAACAGCGACGGUUCCAAGCACCACUAAGAUAACGACCACUACCCAAAAACCAACUGUUACUACUACCACUGUAAAGACAACGGAAAGUACACCGAAACCUACAACAAGUACCGAAAGACCAACCACGACGACUGCAAAAAUUUCUACCACUGAAAAACCAACGAUGACAACCACUUCCCAAAAACCAACAACGACUACACAGAAAACCUCAACAGUUACUACGACUACGAAUACUCCUAAGCCAACAAUAAGUACCGAAAAACCAACCACGACUACUCAGAAAACUACGUCCACUCAAAAACCGACCACUACUUCCGCUGAGCCUACAACAACGACGAGCACAACUAAAGUGACAACGACUACUGACAAACCAACAACGACUUCUCCUAUAACCUCUACAGUUACUACGUCCACUCAAAAACCUACUACUAAACCGGCAACAACUACAGAGAAAACCACAACGACGACUCCAAAACCAACUACCGUGACAACCACUAGUGAAAAACCAACCACAACUACUCCUAAACCAACCACAACUACUCCUAAGCCAACAACUACCACUCCUAAGCCUACAACAACGAACCAGCCGACAACCACUACCCAAAAACAAACAACGACCACUCCGAAAACGUCAACCGUUACAACUACCACCGUAAAAACCACAGAAAGUACUCUUAAACCGACGAGUACCGAAAAACCAACCACAACUUCUACGACUCAAAAACCAUCAACGCCGACGACUCCUAAAACGACUACUGUGACAACCACUACUCCGAAAACCUCUACGGUAACCACGACAUCCCUAAAACCAAGCUCGAGCACCCAAAAACCGCCUACUACAACUCGGGAGCCGACAUCAGUUACGGCCACAUCCACGGUAACAACGACUACCAUUCCCGCGCAGAACUCCACCACCACAACUGAACUGACCACCGCCACGCGCCCUCACUGUCCCGAUUCGGACUCCACCUCAGAUAACAACACAAAUCCCGCAUGCACACAAGAACUCCGACAAGUGAAACAACUUCAACUACACUCACCGCAAAAACAACAAGCCAACACAACAGCCAAAACAACAGAAAGUAGGAAUACUUUGGGUGGGGAUUUGGGGGAUGAGCCCGACUACAUGGACGAUGCCCCAGCAUCCUCAGCGGAGGGAGAGUCUGGGCAAGCGACAACGGCGAGGGCUUCGACCAUGUCCACGCUGGCGGCGGCGCAUCUGCUGCGGAAGCUAUUCCACAUAAUCUCCACGACGCCGCCGAGCAGGGAGCAUCCCGCCUCGACUAGCCAACGUCCGCCUUCAAGUCGGCCUUCGUCGCCGGGCGUAACCCUUGCCCAGAUGGCCAGGCACAACCUGGCCACCUCCAAGCCCUUCAUCGCCCACUCGCUGCGGCUCUCCAUCCAGCAGCUGGCCUCCAACCAGAAGCGUUCUAUUCAGCUAACCGUGAAGCCCACCAAGAAGGAGGCGGAGGACUCCGAGUACUACGACAGCGAGACUUCGGAGCAGUAUGCGGACGAGGAUAACGAAGUGCUGACCAAAGUCCAGCCGAAGGCCAUGUCCAGCACAACUGUGGCCGCUGUGGUCCCGGCCCCAUCUUCGACUACUGAGCGGGAGACUAGUUCCCUGCCAAAUCAGUCCAGUUCAGUUCCCUCCUCCACAAGUACAGCAAAGCCAAUUGAGCCGUCGACGACGACUGGCGACUUGGAGUACGGGGACAGCUCUGGUGACUCUGACUAUCCCAAUGAUGGGAGCGACGGAAACGAGAUUCCAAGUGGGGUGGUCACGAGCCUGGAAGCAAGGAAGAACUUUUUGUUGAGCCUGCUCAAGGACCGGCUGACUCGAAUGGAACAGAAGAAGCCAGAGGCCACAGCUGUCCCUCAGACAUCUAGUACAAGUACUACUACAAGUACUACUACAAGCAGUACUACUACAACAACUACUACUGCCAGAACUAGUACCAGUUCUAGUUCAACCGCAAGGCCUGAAACGACUAAACCCCCAACUCGAGCGAGGAAUUCGUCUCACCUGAGCUCGGAGUACUAUGAUGAUGACGAAGACUACAUGGAAGACGAGCCUGCUGAGAAGAAAGAUCGGAGCAAAGGCUUAGUAGCCACAGCCAAGCGUCACGUGGUUCUCACUAGCUCACCAGCUAAAAUUGCAUCGAAAGCCGCAUCCGACGGGCUUCUGUUCAAGGGACUGGCAGUCGGGGCACCAGGAAACACAGUUCUUACCAUGCCACACACAUUAAUGCAAACAACAAUACCAAAUAGAACAUCUAGAAUAGAAACAUCUACUCCGAAACAAACAGAAACAUCCACAGAAACAUCCACGGAACCCCUAAGAGGGCCCGAAACAUUCACGACGCUGAAACCAUUAGAAGUAGUCACACCGACCACUUCGGAAACACUUCCCACUGCCUCGGCAAUGGUUUCAUCUGCAAAAGUCCCAUCUGCGGCAGUGCCAGACCGACGGGAAGUUCUGUCGGUGAACAGAAGACCUUGGUUGCUGGCGGCCCGCAACCAAACCGUCCACCUAACACCCAUCGCCAUCUCAUCCAAGCCAAGCAACCCAGUGAGCCAAGCUAACCAAGUCAACCCAACAUCCUCAUCCAACCCACUAGUGUCCGGCCCCGAGGACUACUCCACCGAGAAGGUGCCGCAGCUCAUCGUGAAGGUGUACGAGCCCAUCGACCUGAAGAUUGUCUUCUGCCCGAAGUCCUGCGACCAGGACCACGACCACAAAUACGACCCAGCUGAUAAUUAUAAGAAGUCCAACUGCUCUGGAGGCUGCGACGAGGAGGAGGAGCGGAUCAACAAGCAUGUCGACAUCCAGUGGAAGCCACUGGAGCUGGACGACAUCGCUAGCUUCCGCAAUACAGCAUAGAAAUACGACGGACACUUGAAUUCCGACCAACGAUUCUUUUAACCUACCUUUAGUGCUAGUGCCUAA